CGCACGCAGGCGCAAACUGGGGCGUCGCUCAUCCCCGAGAGGAAGCGCAGUGCUCCGGCGCCGGCUCUGGGCGAUGCUGGGUCCGUCAGAGGGGACUUCGGUCCCGGCGCCGCAGCCUCCGGCAGAGGCCCGAAGGAGGGCCCGCCGAGAAAGCCUUCACCAACACCAAGGAGGGCUGGCAGAAGGAAAGGGGAUGGCCUAUUUUGCCAAAGAAGUUCAACUUACUAAAAAACAUGAAGAAAUACUAGCUCAAAGAUUACUGUUACUUCAAGAAAUGGAGAAUGAUCACAGUACUCAGAAGACCGAAAAGAAGGCAUCUCACGUAAAAGCAGCUAAGCUAGCCUAUAAAAGAAAUCGGAGCCUUUUGAAUGAUAUAAGAACACUAGAAGAGAAACUUGACAAGAAGGUGCAUUUACGGUCACAUUCCGAGAUGGUUGGUCUUCAGACUCUCUACUGGGCAUCAGUAGAAGAACAGGCCCCCAAGUGGGAGCAGUUUCUUUUAGGAAGAACACAGUAUCCCAUCGGUGUCAGAUAUCCAAAUCCAGCAGGAAAUGACAUCAAAGAUGCUACAGAGAGAUAACCACAAUAAAGAUGUAAUUUCUCCUUGGGGCUCCACUUCAGAACACCUGCUCAGUAAAGCAAAACGUAUCUGGACAUUGUAUAAACUCAAAGGAAUUUGUUCAUCUAAGGGAACAUCCUAAUGUGGAUUCUGUUACCUAGCUGACAAGAGGGAAAAAUUUUAAUUUACUGGAAAUUUUGUCAAACCAGGAUUGAAAUACCUUACAACCUUUUUAAUGAAUGAUGAGAAUUGUUUUUACUUUCAGUUUGUCAUUUCAUCAAACUUUUUGGAGUGUAAAAGAAAAUUUUGAAAGGGAAAGUGAACUAAAUAAAUGGUUAAAUGCGUCUUAUGUGACUUAUUUCAUUUUAAAACAGUUUUCAGUCCUUUUCAUACCUGUCUGGUUCCCGUAACUGCUUUCAACAAAAAGCUGUGAUUAUGACAAUUCCUAACUAUUUUCCACCGGCCAUGAAAAAGAGAAACAACAGAGUGGUUUGCUUAGCACCUUCUAUUUGCAUAAUACUUGGAUAUAAUUCAGAUUCUGAAUAGAUUAUCUGACAUGAACCUCCCAGCCUGGAGGAAUGCCAUUUAUCAUAACCGAAAAAAUCACCCCUCCAGAGUUGAAGUGACUUGCCCAGAGUCACAGGCCAACAGGUCAGUGGAAAGGCUGGUCUUCUCAUUCCUAAUCUAAUACUCUUUACAUUCUCCAUACCACUUUGUCUCACGUGUUUUAGAAAAGUAAAGAUGUUCCCUAAAAUCUCACUUUUGUUCUCACAAUUUAAACUCUAAAGUAUCUGUCAGUGCAGAGAACUGGCCAGAAAGGCCAAAGGGUGACCAUUUUAUUGGAGGGAGUUGUACGUAUUUCAAGUGAACCUGUCAGAAUAGGGAUUCUGAUAGGAUUUUUACUUGGUUUUCUAAGCAUUGCCUCCCUUCUUGAGGAGAGCAAUGGACUCUUCCCCUUCUUUUCAUCUUUUAACUGUCUCUUCCCUCUCUUCCAGUUCUCAGUGAGGCAUCCAUUUACAAUUCCCAAACAAUAUAGCUUUAAAACUCAUUCCAACACUGCUUAGGCUGUAUGUGGGAAGAGUGAGUUCGGCUCCCUGGUUUUUAGAUCCUAGAAGCACAAGGACCAAUAGCCAUAGAAGGAAUUCCUCUUAAUGAGAAUUUCUGUUUACUUUAAAUUAUUUUUCGAUCAUUUUCAUUUUAACUUGGCUCAUAUUAAAAUAAUACAAUAGUGUGAGUUGUUUUUUUUUUAAAACUUUAUAAUGAAAUGUCCAUUAUGCUGAUAAGUUUCUAUAAACUGCCAUCUUGGAAAUAUCCUGUUGAGUGGGUGUUGGUGUUUGUAACAAUAACGUUGUUUUCAUACUAUGUGAUGGCAGAUUAGCACGCUUCUCUGCAGUGUUAACAGUUGUAAUUAAGGAAUAAACAGUACAGGGUGUCAGUCCGAUGACAAUUUCAUCUAUAGUGUCACAAUACAAAAUGUCACAAAAUAUUAGAACUGUUAUAGAACUACAAAAAUAUCAAAUUAGGUUUAGUCUUAAAAGCUGAAAGCCUUAAAAAAAAAACAAAAAAACUGGCAUAGAGACCACCACAGUUUUAUACCUUCUCAAGAAUGUUCUGUCAGGAAGAUAAAUUGGUAAUUUUUCUUCUGUUACAUUACAGUUUGGUUUCUAGCCAUCCAGUCGAUUUAGCAGGAGAAUGCAGGGUGUUUUUUUUUUUUUUUAGCAGCUUUGAAUUUGUAAACAGAUUUAGAUGUAGUAGAAAGGAACAUGAUAAGGGUUUUUUUUUUUUACAUCAAAUCUUCCCUAGCAUAUGCACAUAAGAAGGUGAAUUAAAGCAAUAUGAAACUUAUUUCUCUUUAGUCAAAUGGAAAAAAAACAACAACCUCUAAACAUUUGUUAAGAUGGUAAAAUAUUAUGUCAAGCAAAUAGGCACAUUUCAGAAUUAAACUGGUUGAUAAGUUAACAAACAAAUAUUUGAACAUAAAUUUCCUUUGAGUUUUGUAAAUUAAAUCACUCAACAGCUUAGUUAAAUUGCAUUCAUUUGGGAUUUAAAAUGAUCUUUUAGAAGGAUUUUUGCUAAAUUGAAUAACUUAACAAACAAAACAGCCAGAGUUUAACAGUGAUGGGCAGUAAGAUGGAUAUUUUCCCAAAUCUUAGAUAUAACAUACCUUAAAAACCUUUAAGAAAUUUAGAAGUGACUUUAAUUUCUGGUUCCAACAGAGACUUUUUUAAAGAGGAUUUAAAAUUUUUCUUUCUUUUUUUUUCUUUUUUUUUUUUUUUUGCCUUUUGGACUGUAACAGAUUGCACCACAUGGUGUGUAUUUAAAAAAAACAAACCCUCAGAGGGACCUACACACCCCAUUAAAGGAUUUUAUAUUCUUUGCAAAUUAUACCCGUUUGGAUGGGAAUUUGCGAAUUGUUUUUUAAGUAAGGAAAGAAUUAAGCAAUAUAUUUGUUUCUGCACUUUGGUACUAGAAUACCAGCAAAGAGUCAUUUAGAAAUACCUUCAAGUCUAGCUCUUGACUUCCCACCCAUUUUGCCUUUCCUUUCCUCCUUUCUUUUGCUUCCUUGUUGGUUCAGUGUGUCUCUCUGUUCUCUGAGGGGAUCAUAUUUUAAAGGAUGAUAGAAGUUUUCAAAGGAAAGUCUUUUAUAAGAAUUUGGGACUGUAGUUUUUCUUAGUAUAUUGCAAAUGCAUAAAUAUUCAAAGCUAUUUCUUUUCCUGAAAGAAUCCUGGCUUAUGAUAUCUUUAACUACGAGAAAUGCUGGCUUGGUUUUCUGUUUGGAACUAAGGUUAAUGUUUAGGGUGGUAGUUCUCAACCCUUUCUGGAGUUGUGGCAUAGAUCCUUCC